CGCCCACGUUUCCUUACGGUGCGGUACAUGUAUGCUGAAGUCUGGAAAAGAGCAUCGUGACGUCACUUUACCAAGCCGUAACCCUGCUUCGCCGUUUUGAACCGUACGACAGUGCAGUCCAUCUCCUUUUGGUGGCGUUUCCCCGCUCGUUUCUGCUGGCAACUUCUCAAAGUGAGCUAUGGCGGAUAGAAGGCAGCGAAAUACGUAUGCUUUUCUGGGGUCCAUUGGCCGUUCGCCAUCUGCUGAACCGCCGUUCGCUAGCUUGAACCAGCAACUUUAUCAGCAACAGCAACAGCAACAGCAACAGCAUCAGCAUCAGCAGUAUCCUCAGCAGCAACAGCAGCUGCAGCUUCAGCAUGGCUACCAGCAACAACAACAACAGCAGCAGCAGCAGCAGCUUAUCUAUCAGCAGCAACACAACCAAAAUCAGCAGCAUCAGCAGAGUUAUCAACAGCAGCAACAGGGUUUUCAGCAGCAAGAGCAACACCAGCACCAACAGGUUUACCACCAGCAGCAGCAGCAUCAGGAGCAGGAGCAGCAGCAGCAACAAGUGUACCAUCAACAGCUUCAGCAGCACGAACAUGGUUACCACAACUCGCAGCAUCAUCGUCAGGAGGCGUCGCCUGUCGCAUGGCCCACCGUCGCACAAGAACCAGCCAAUCGCGUGACGGCAACAACGACAGAGCAAGUCGCUCCGCAGGAUCGAGACGUCGGAGUGCAGGACAUUAUCGCGUUCUGGCGCCAGCUUCAAGCGAGUACGGGAAACCAGCUUCAAGCGAGUACGGGAAACCAGCUUCAAACGAGCACAGCGAAUCAGUUUCAAGUGAGCACGGCGAACCAGCUGCAAGCGAGCUUGGCCAGUCAACUGCAAGGGACCGGCGAGCAAGCAACCGCCGCUGCUACGGUGGCAGAGGCGAUAUUAGCUGCUUCGCAAAGAGGGAGGCCAGAGCUAUGGCAGACAACCACAGCCACAGAAGCGCUCGCACCGACAGCAGGCGGAGGGGUCUUUGGGCUGGCAGGAGUGGCCGAACCUGCACGCUUGGGGGCGAUAUUAGGCAUGGGUGCGUCGGGCAUGGGAACUUCAGGCUUGGGGACGAUAGGCAUGGACAUGGCAAGCGUGGAAAGGUCAGGCACGGUGCUUACAGGUAUGGUGCCGACAGGUACGGUGCUGACAGGUACGGUGCCGACAGGUUCGGAAGGGAUGGGCGUGCGAAGGGGGGGCGUGGGAGUUGCGGGUACAGGAAGAAGAGCACCAGCUGUGGCGGUUGACGGAGGCUCGCAUGCGCGUGACUCGCAUGCACGUGACUCGCACGCGCGUGACUCGCAUGCGCGUGACUCGCAUGCACGUGACUCGCACGCGCGUGACUGGCAUGCACGUGGGUCGGAGGCAGUGGUACAUCACCAUUUACUGCACGCUACUGACCCCAGUGGCGCCCUUAAUCUAAGUACGGAGCAACCUGCUGCUAUGGCGUUACCCCCUGCUGGCUAUGGCCGUGCGGGGAGGACUGAUGCGUAUCGUAGCCCAGGCCCUAAUGCUGUGGCACAAAUGCCGAGUCAACCGCCACAGCAGGAGCCCGCGCCACGUCAGCAGGGGUUCCAUGAACCUGUGCCACGUCCGCAGCAGUUUCCGGAGCCUGCGCCACGUCAGCAGCCUCGGCGGGAAUGGUGGCUUGAUGCAAUAGGUGAAGGCGAGCUGAUGCAGGCUCCACAAACCAGUGCGGCUGCUGGUGGCGUGGCUGCCGCUGGCGUCGCUGCCGCUGGCGUGGCUGUUGGUGGCGCAGGUGCUGGCAUUAGGGCUCGUGAUGAGGCUGCUACUCUUGAAUCGAGUGCUGCUGUUAUGGGGUUUGAGCGCCUUCAAGGGCAGGCGGAAGGCCGCGGGCGGGCUGAAGCUCAGGGGUUGAACGAAUAUCGGAUUCGCAGUAACGAGUAUGGGGGCAAUGCUGGUGGCGGCUUGCAGGAUUUGCAGGCGAGGCAGCAAGUAGGAAGUCAGGAGCGAAUGGUUAGAGAUGAGGAAACUCAAGGUGAUCAACUGUAUGUGGGCGACUGGCAGCAGCAGCAGCAGCAGCAGCAGCAGCAGCAGCUGCAACAGGAACAGCAACAGCAGCUGGGGCAGCCACGGCAGCAGCAGCAGCAACAGCAGCAGCAGCAGCAGCGGCAGCAGCGGCGGCUAGAUGAUGAGCAAUUGCUGUUGCUGCUGCAACAACAGCAGCAAGAACAAGAGGUGCAGCUGCAGCAGCAGCAGCGGCAGCAGCAACAGGAGCAAGAACUGUUGCUACAGCAACAGCAGCAGCAGGAGCAAGAACUGUUGCUGCAGCGGCAGCAGCAGCAGCAACAACAGGAGCAAGAACUGUUGCUGCAGCAACAGCAGCAGCAGCAGCAGCAACAGCAGGAGCAAGAACUGUUGCUGCAGCAACAGCAGCAGCAGCAGCAGCAGCAACAGCAGGAGCAAGAACUGUUGCUGCAGCGGCAGCAAUUGCAGCAACAGCAGGAGCAAGAACUGUUGCUGCAGCAGCAGCAGCAGCAACAGCAACAGGAGGAGCAAGAACUGUUGCUGCAGCAACAGCAGCAGCAGCUCUUAUGGCAGCAGUGGCAGGAGCAGCUAGCACAGCAGCAGGUGCAGCGAGAGCAAGCGCAGCAGGUGCAGCGAGAGCAAGCGCAGCAGCCGGAACCCCAGCAAGAGCGGGAGCUACAGAGCCAGGAGCAACAAGACUGGGAGCAACAGGGCCGACAGCAGUUGCCACGGCAGGAGCAGCCGCAGAACCAGGACCAGCAGCAAUGGCAGCAGCUGCGUCUGCAGCAGCAGCAGCAAGGAUACCCUAUCCUGCCAAGCUCUGCAAGUCCAAUCAUUGAACCUUCAAGUGCAGCAGCAGCAGCAGCGGCAGAAGCAGCGGCGGCGGCGGCAGCAGAAGCAUCUGAAGCAACAGAGGCGGACCUGAUGGAGGGCGUGGAUGUGAGCAUGGACGAGCUCGUCCUGCCGGGUGACGACGACUCAGCUGACGCUGUCACUAGUGCCGCCUUUCACACCAUUGCUGCCACUGCCGUUGCUACUACUGUUCCUGCUGCUGCUGCUGCUCACACUGCACCAUCGCCGCAAGUGAGCUGGCCCACCAACAGGCAAAUGGCACCUUCCCAUCCGCAGCAGCAAGGCUUAGGAGCGCCCACCAUCCUGGGCUCUACAGGGUUGCCUCCCGCGCCCCCCCUUGGUCGCGAAGCUUCUGUGCAUCUUCCGACAGCAGAACCUUCUGCACGUCUUCCGGUUCGUGAACCUUCCAGGCAUCCUCCCGUUCACGAAGCUUCUCCGCAUCUUCCCACUCUUGUGCCCCAUGCCCUCCUGCCAUUGGGCACCGGGGGCGGAGGGAGGGGAGCAGGGAGAACGGGGAGGGGGAGGGGCAGGGGAAGGGGAAGGGGCAGGGGAAGGGGAGGCAGUGAGAGCCUAGGAGGCAGAGGAGGAGGUGCAGGACAGGUGAUGGCACGAGGGGAGGGUAUGGUGAGGGGUCGGAAUAUAGCGAGGGGCGAGCUUAUGGAGAGGGCUGGGGAUGUAUCUAGGGGAGAGGAGGCACCUGUGGGUGGGGUCAGCCAGGGCGUGUUGAGGGGUGCGGUGAUGGCACGAGGGGAGGGCAUGGGGAGGGCGAGGGGACAGGCCAGGGGUCAGGCUAGGGGUCGUGGCGGUCGGCAUGCGGCAGUGAGAGGAAGGAAUGCAGGUGGUGGUGCUGCUGCUGCUGUUGCUGCUGGCGCUGUUCCUGUUGCUGGUGCUCCCAGUUCUUCUCCUGGAGCUGCUGCUGCCACUGCUGCUGCUGCUAUGUCUGGCUCUGUUGCUGUUGCUGGCGCUGAUGCUUUUGCCCAUGGUGCUGCUGCUGGUGCUGACCGUGUUGGUGCUGCUGCUGGUGCUGCUGCUGCUGCUGCUGCUGCUGGUGCUGCUGCUGGUGCUGCUGCUGGUGCUGCUGCUGCUGCUGCUGCUGCUGCUGGUGCUGGUGCUGGUGCUGGUGCUGGUGCUGCUGGUGCUGUUGCUGGUGAUGGUGCUGGCGGUGUUCGUUAUGCUGCCGGCCUUGCUGCCGCUCGUGCCGCCCUUGCCCUAGAAACCGGCGCUCUUGGUGCUGCUACUUGUGACGCUGCUGCUGCGGCGGGCGCUCGUGCCAGUGUUGAUGGCACUGCUGCUGCUGCUGCUGCAGCAGCAGCACCGGGAGCAGCAGCAGCAGCAGGAGGAGGAGGAGGAGGAGGAGGAGGAGUGGGGUUGGACGGUGGGGUGGAUUGGGAUAUAGAAAUGGGAGAGGUGCCGUUAGAUGGUGAUGCUGAGCCAUGGACGUCAGAAGGAGUGGGGCAGGCGGGAGGAGAGGCGGCAGGAGGAGGGGCGGGCGAUGUAGCAGGUGCAGCAGUCGCAGCAGCAGCAGCAGAAACAGCAGUAGUGGAUGGGGCAGGAGGAGUAGACCAGGCAGCAGCAGCAGCAGCAGCAGCAGAGGAUGAUGGCGAGUGGCGGCCGAUUCGGCUGCGCGGGGGCGUGAAGCGGCGGAACUUGCUGGACCUGCAGACCAAGAGGGAGAUGUGCGAGCUCAAGAGGGCGCGCCCGGGCCUCACUAACGCCAAAAUGGUCGAGCUGUUGAAGCAACGCAUCCCGGGGCUGCGCAUGGACCCCUCCCACAUCACCAAGAUCCUCAAGGACGAGCACCGCUGGAGCGACGAGAGGGCCAUCCGCUUCGCGCUCAACAAGCGCGUGCGCCUGCCCGUGUGCGCGCUGCUGGAGGAGACGCUGGCUGAGUGGUACGGGGAGGAGCGCAAGAAAGGACGUGUGUCCUUCGCUACUGUUGUCGAGAAGGCCAGGGAGCUCGGGCCUUCCUGCGGCGCUCCGCCUGACUUCAAGUAUAGCUUUGGGUGGGUGAUGAGGUUUCAAGAUCGGUUUGGGUUCUCCAAGAAGCAGCUGGAGGCAGCACGGGAGGCGCACUUCCAAGAGGAGGAAGAGGAGGAUGGGGAUGGGGAUGGUGCUGGGGGGAGGCAUGCUGGCCCCUCGCUUUUGGAGCUCGCGGAUCAGAUGUUUGGGCCGGGGAUCAGGAGGGCUCGGCAGCAGAGCAGGGGAGAGGGGGGGUGGAGCGUGGCGGAAGGGCAGGAGGGGGGGGGAGGGGGACAGCAGAGUGGAGAGGAGGAGAGAGAGGACGAGGAGGAGGAAGAGGAGGAAGAGGAGAUGGGGGAGGGAGAGGAGGAGGGGAGGGCAGUUAUUGGGGCCACAGGGAGGGGUGGGAGUGGGAGUGGGCUGAGGGGAGAGAUAGGCAGGAAUGGUGAGAUGAGAAGAGAGGCGGGAGGGACUGGUGAGAUUGCACAGGAUGAGUUGAGAGAAGGGGGCGAGGAGAUGGGGGUCACAGGGGGCGAGGAGGCAGGUAUGGCGGGGAAUGCGGGGGUGAAAGAGCAAACGGACAAGGGUGCAAGCACUGGUGGCACUGGUGGCACUGGUGGCACUGGUGGCACUGGUGGCACUGGUGGCACUGGUGGCACUGGUGGCACUGGUGGCACUGGUGGUGCUGGUGGUGACCACCACCCCAGUCUUGCAGACCUGGCUCUUGCCGAGGCGAUCGCAGACGGCACGAUCUCGCCGGGGGGGGCUCUUCUGGCGGGGAAUGGCGCGCUGACAGAGGCAAUCGCAGGUGGCCCCUGUGUGGCCCCUGAUCUCGCCUCCCUCGCUCUCGCUGAAGCCUCUGGUACAAUUCCUGCCGCUGCCGUCGCUGCUGCUGGUGACAUUCUGGCCGCUCCUGCUGCCCCUGCUGCUCCCACUGCUGCUGCGGCUCCUUCCGCCCCCGCCAAGUUGCAGGCCGUGAGGCGGUUGCGGGCGCAGCAGAAACAGAGGCAGCAGCGGCAGGUGGUAGGGGAGGGGGGGGAAGGUGCAGGGGCAAACGAGGGGGGAGAGGGUGCAGGGGAGCCGCGGCAGCGGAAGCAGUAUAAAAACCGUGUCCGUUUCACGAUUAAGGUUAAGAGGGCCAUCUGCCAACUGCAUGAGGCCCUUCCUCAGUUACGCCCUAAGGAGCUAAUGCGGCUAGUUACCCAGGAAUGUGGGGGUACGAUGGAGGAGGGCCUACCACCGUUGGAUCUUGUGAGACGGGUUCUGCGCCGUAAGGAGCUUCUUUUCCGGUCCGGUCAGGAGCUGAACAAGGGUUACAGGGCUAGAAAGCCGGUUUACCCUGAAUUUGAGAGGGUGGUUGGGGAGUGGGUAAGGGGGAUGAUUGCCAAGUAUGGGAAAGAUGUGCUUGUGUAUGAGGAUGUGCACGGGUAUGCAAAACAGCUGGGCCCAAGUAUGGGUGUGCAUGCGAGUUUCGCUUACAGCCACGGCUGGGUGGCUAGGUGUUUGCAACGGCAGGGCGUGGAGUUUCAGAGCAAAAGGGCGAAGCGAAAGGGGGUGGAAAAAAGGGUCGGUGGGGAUGGGAAUGGGAAGGGUGGGGGAGGAAGGGGGGAGAGGGGAGAAGGGCCGGUGGAAGGGGACGGGGCGGGGACGGAUGGGGAGAGGGGAGGUGUGACUACAGAUGAUGGUGCUAGUAGUGAUGGGGGUGGUGAGGGGGAGGGGCGUGAUGGCAGGAAAAGGGGAGAGGGAAGGGAGGCGCAGGGAGCAGGGGAAAUGGCAGGGGAGGAAACGGCUGGGGAGGAAACGGCUGGGGAGGAAACGGCAGGGGAGGAGGAGGAUGAUCUUGCAACAAGGAUUAAUCGGCUGGCGGCAAGGGUCAAGGCAGGGGAAGAGUUUGUAUUGCUGGCCGAAGAAAAUGCUGCUGCUGCUGGUGAUAGUGCUGGUGGUGGUGGUGCUGGUGCGGGUGCUGCUGCUGCUGCUGCUGAUAAUGAUAUUUCUUCUGCUGCUGCACAAGGGAGCCGGAGCAGACGCAUGAGGCAUACAGGCAGGAGAAGAAUCGGCAGCAGCAGCAUUUACAUCAGGGGUAGCAGGAUCAUAGAUACUGCCACUGGCCGUAUGUAUGGUGCUGACAAUGGCAAUGGCAAUGAAAAUGACACAGACAACGGCACUGACAACGAGAACAACAACAACAGCAGCAGCCGCAGGAAGCGGCGGCAGCAGCGCAAGCCCGUGCCGAUGCCACUGAAGCUGGCCGCCUGCGCCAUCUGGCGCGCCCGCCCCGACAUCCCCGUGGGCAUCGCGCAGCAGGCCCUGGAGGCGCGGUACCACGUGCAGCUGGAGCGGAUGAAGCCCACCGCGCUGCUGGCCACAGAGGCCAAGAUGAGGGAGGCGCUGCUGCGGGGCGGGCAGGGCAGGGAGGUGCUGCGCGCAAGGCAGGGCAAAGAGGUGCAGCUGCAGGAGGCUCUUGUGCUGGCAGUGAGGCAGGCUGUAGCGAGGAUGGAAGGGGAGGGGGGGGGACAAGGUGGGGAAGAGGGAGGAGGACAGAGCGGGGCAGCAGGAGAGGGACGGCAGACUGGUUCCCAGCAACCGUCCCCAGUAGCCACCUCCCUGGUAGCCACCCCCCCAGUAGCCACCCCCGCAGUAGCCACCCCCCCAGUAGCCACCCCCGCAGUUGCCACCCACCCAGUAGCCACCCGGCCAGUCAUCACCUGGCAUCAGGUGACGGAGUACGCCAAGCGCCUGGGCCCGCUAGUGGGAGUGGCGCCUGGGUUCACGUACAGCAGGACUUGGCUGCAGCGAGUGCUGGUGGCGCACGGGCUGGACAAAUACAUCGCUGGCAGGGGCGGGAGAAAGUGGGCACGAACUAAUCCCCCGGGAGGAGAGAUUCUGGGGGCUGCCUCACAGGGGGAAGGAGGAGAGGGAGGAGCGGGAGCAGCAGGAGGAGGGGACAGUGGGGGAGGGGGAGGUGCGAUGGAGGGGGGUGCGGGGUGUGAAGCGGUGGAGGGGGAGUCGGAGCGGUUGAGGGCGAUUCUGGACGAUGCGAUGCACGUGAGAAAGGAGGAGUUGGAUGUGCUGAUAAAGUUGGCAGUCAGGCUGUGGGGGAGGCGCAUGGCGCAGAGGCAGAGGGCGGCCAAGAGGAGGGCGGCGGGACACGCGGAGCCAGGAGGGGCAGGCGACACGGACUCUGAAGCAGGGAGUGAUGGGGACGGUGCAGCAGAGCCAAUCACAGAGGCGUCUGGAGGCUCCAGUGCGGACGAGCAGGCAGGGGAGGGGCUGACACCCCUCCCCCGCUUCCUGUCUUCUUCCGAACACACCCCCUUCUCUUCACAGCUGCCUGGGGCACGGGUGGUGCCUCCCUCACUUGAGCCUGGUCCAGGCGGGCAGCGUGGGUCGGCAGGUAUGGCACAGCACUCCGCAGCACUUCCCUUGGUCCCCCUCACGACAGCGGAGGGGAUUCUGUCAGAGCUAGCGGAUGUGCGCGUGGGGCCCCUCUCUGAAGCCCAUCCGCCCCUGCUAUCUGCCUGGGCGCACCUCUCUGCUGCCGUUCCGGCUGCUGCUGCUGGUUCUGCUGCUGGGGAUGCGUUAGGGGGGAUUGCAGGGGGAACAGUGGGGGCAGUGGGCCCGAGUGAGGUGGAGCUGCGCAUGGCGAGGAGGCGGAGGCGAAUGCUGUCUGCUGCGGCUGCCAUUAACAGGUGGAACCGUGAGGAUCACAGGCGAACACUGGAGAGGGAGAGCGGGGUAGGCAGGCCUGCAGGAGACGGGGGCGAGAGGGAAGAGGGAGUAGAGGUGAAGCAGGAGUGGGAUGAGAUGUUGGGGAGUGACAGCAUGGGGGUUGGGAGUGAGGCGAGCUAUACUACCAGCAGCGACGACAGCGAUGGUGACAGCGAUGGGAAAAGCGAGUAUGGUGAUGACGAUGACAGCGACGGCAGUGGAUCUUAUAGCGAGGAUGACAGUAUGGAGGAUUGGGAGGAGAAGCCCUUAGUGGGGGUGCAAGCAGGGGCGGCACAAGGGCUCACAAGUACAGGGGGCCCUGGAGGGCAGGGCAGGAAGAGGCGGAGGGGCGAGGAGCAGAGAGGGUCAGCAGUGGCUGCAGGGAGAGGGGGAAGUGGUUUUCCAGGGAUAAGGGGCGGUGGACGAGGAAGGGGGGCAGGAAGAGGAGGUGGCAUGUUGGGAAGGGGACGAGGAGGGGCAGGAAGAGGAGGGGCAGGAAGAGGAGGGGCAGGAAGAGGAGGGGCAGGAAGAGGAGGGGCAGGAAGAGGAGUUGGGGGGGUUGGUAGUGGAGUUGGGGGGCGAGGGCAAGGAGAUGGGGGGGCAGGGACAAGUCAUUUCAGUCAGGCGUCAUCGUUUUCAUCAUUGCUAUCCCAUCUGCUCGGUCCCGCCGCUUCCUCAGCCACAGCUGCACCUCCCCUGAACCCCCUCAACCCUCUCUCUGCUCCUAGCGCACUCCCAUUUGCACGGGGUCAUGGUUCCUUUGGCGGCGCGCCGCCUAACCCUUACUUUGCACCUCGCUUUCCUCCAUCCCUGCCCCUUUUAUUUGGGGUACCUCAGAACAACCCUCCAUGGUCCGUAGGGGCUGGAGGAUCAGCAGGGCCUGGAGCUGCUACUGCUGUGGCUGCUGCUGUUGCUAACGCAGCUGUUGCCAAUGCGUCUGCGGCUGCAGCUGCUGCUGCUAGAAUGCCAUCAGCUACAGUCACCACCACUACUGUCACGGCUGAUGCUUUCACAACCACCACUAUCACCCCCAACGCAGUUGCUUCUGCUGCAGGAUGUGGAAAUAGUUCUGCUGCAGUUACAGGCAGCGGAGCACCCAGGGAGAUUCAAGAAUUGUAAGCCACUCAUUCAAUGGGCUGUCUAAUAAUUCCAAGAUUGAGAUCGUGUAAGCUCACAGCAAUACGCCUUCGUUGAAUUAAUACAUGUCAGCUUUUGCAAAACCUAUAUGCGUGCUAGCAAUGUGUGUAACCUUAGCAAUCAUUGUGUCUUAGAUGGAG